UCUUGGUUCAACCUGGAUCUUCUGGGCAUCAAAACAGGAAACAGCCUUCUUUCUGAGUCAGCUGCCAUCGUCUUGGAAGCUGUCCUUGUGGCGCUCCAAAGCAGUGAGUCCCUAAGGUUGAGUCUCCAGGUGUUUUGGACUUCAGCUCCCAGAAGCCCCAGCCAUUUUGGGCAACAGUCAGGCAUUCUGGGAGCCAAAGCCCAAAACGUCUGGAGGAGCAAAGUAAGGCUUCAUGUGGGCUUCUUUAUCUGGAGAUCCCUGGCAUUCCCUUCGCAGAGACACACCUUGACUACCAAGGGAUGGCCUUUCAAGGCAGGCCUUCAGCUUUCUCUUGACCUGGGCCCAACAGCAUUGGCAAUACUGGAGACACAUAGCCUCACGAAGAUCCUGAGUGCCUCCAGACGCAGUUGUGUUCCUUUGGAUUAUCUGGCCUGAUCCUGGAAAGAGCUUCCACAUGUACACCCCAAGUGGCUCGGUGCUGCCCAGUGGGCGCAGGCGGAGAGGCCAGGAUGGGAGUGCCUUGCCAAAGCAGCCGGAAAGGAGCCUGGCUUCUGCCUUGCCCGGUGCCCUCUCGAUAACUGCCCUUUGUACUGCACUGGCGGAGCCUGCCUGGCUACGGAUACAUGGGGGCACUUGUACUCGCCAAGAGCUGGGUGUUGCUGAUGUGCUUGGAUAUGUUGACCCUGAAUUACUGAAAGACUACUGCAUGAACCCCCAGACAGUGUUGUUGCUCCGGGUUAUUGCUGCCUUCUGCUUCUUGGGAAUCAUCUGCAGCCUUUCUGCCUUCCUCUUGGAUGUAUUCGGACCCAAGCAUCCUGCACUGAAGAUCACACGGCGCUACGCAUUUGCUCACAUCCUCACAGUGUUGCAGUGUGCCACGGUGAUUGGGUUCUGUUACUGGGCCUCGGAGCUGAUCCUGGCACAGCAGCAGCAGCACAAAAAGUACCACGGCUCCCAAGUGUACGUUACGUUUGCCGUCAGCUUUUACCUGGUGGCCGGCGCAGGUGGGGCCUCAAUCCUUGCCACGGCUGCCAACCUGUUGCGCCACUACCCCACUGAAGAAGAGGAGCAGGCCUUGGAGCUCCUCUCAGAGAUGGAGGAGAACGAACCUUACCCGGCAGAGUACGAAGUGAUCAACCAGUUCCAGCCACCUCCGGCAUACACACCCUAACGCAUCCACUGGGAGACCGGGCCAGGGGAGGACGGCUUUUUUCUCCCCCAGCCUGACCCUGGAGCCGAACUGUACACAAUUGCUUGGGAAGAUGUUCCCUUGUCCUGGAGCCACUCACUGGUGCUUUCCCCUUCACCCCCAGGUGGUCCACUCACUUCUACAACUUCCUUGCCAGGGAGAGAACUCACUCGAAAGCGUCACCCACACAGAGCUUUGCUCAGGCACCGACCUCCAAAGCCACUCUGUGCAUUAAGACACAGUCAGUUGGGUGAGCUUUUCUUCCUCCAAUCCUUCUUGUGAUGAACUUUGAAAUAAUUGAACGAUGUGAGCCCACUUUUCUGUGACUCUGCAGACUUGAGGAUCGUCCGGGCACUUGUUCUCCCUUGGAUGUGCUCCUGUGCGGAGAUGAAAGGCAGAGGCAUUUCAGUAGGUGGAGGAGCGUCUCGUCUCAUAGGUGCAAGGGAUGGCAUGUCUGCACCUUGACAGCAGGAGCAGGUUGGGGCACCAGCGUUUUUGUUUGUUUUGGGAAUGGCGAUAAGAUCUUUCACACCGGUGUACACACUCAGAAAUAGCGAGUUUGACAGUCCUGCACUGCUCAUCCUUCCCCUCACCUGUCCUCCGCCAGCACAGAGGCCUAUCUUCUUUUGGGGGAAUGUGACUCACACCUGGUGGGGCUCUAUGUUUAGCACGUCUGAAAUUGGGGCUCCUUCUCUAUGCACUGGUUUGUGGGGUGGGGUGGCAAGAGGGCAUCACAUUUCAUUUGAUUCAUGUGUUACCUGAAAGGCACAAUAAGCUUGCUGCCACCAUUGCUUCAUCCGCACCCACAUUCUGCCUCAUGCUACUUAAAGAAGCAUUUUGCACUUUAUUUGCUGUUCUCACCCCCUGCUUCCCCUCUAACCAUUUACGGGGCAGAGGGGGAACAAAAAACUUGGCAGAACCAGCUCAAGGGUGUUGCCACUACUGAAUUUCUCUUCAAUAGGUUAGACUGUCUUUUAGCUUAAGAGACCAGGGCCUUCGUAAGGGCUGUCAUUCCAAUUGGUACUGAGGUGUGUGCAUAAACAUUCAUCCACAUGUAUACAUAGGCAGCCCAGCUCUCAAAGUACAAAAGUUUAUUCAGCUAUCACUGAUGUUAAGAAAAUAUGCAAAUACCUGGUUCCAGGCCUGAAUUUAAUUAUUUUUAGCUGUUUUCAUCUUUUCCCCGCCACCUACUUUUUGUUCCGAGCCUCUUUCAAGCCUCAAAACAAUAUUUUCUGACUUAUGCCAGAGGCCGCAUUCUCACAUCAAGUUUUUCUUAGUUAUGAUUUAUUCUUCAGCCAUAAAUUGUCCUACAGAUGACCAAACAUUCUCCAUUUUAGGUCUGUAUCUCCCCUGCUUUGCCUCUCAGCUCCUAUUUCAGGGAGAGCAGUGGGAGAAACAAGCUAGGGAUGGACUGCAUUUCUCAGCAGACACGUGACACCAAGCCAUGGUUUAAAGCGGUCAGAGUUUGUAAGCCAGUAAUGACAGUGACAGUUUGCUUGCAGGGGUUGGUUUGAAUAAAACAAAAAGAGUUCAGCAGACCACAACCUGGAUUACCUUUAUGUAUCAAUCGGGCCAGUGUUUACUGCAGAGAUUCUUCUGGCAAAGCAGCUCAGAGUGCUCUGUAUCCACUCCACAUUGUGAAGGAUGCUUGCUAGUCUAGUAUUCUGAAGCUAUAUCCUGAGGUUACCUUUGUCUUUCAAAUUGAUAUCUGAAAUAUACCAACUUUUAUCUUUCCCUUUCUUGUCGCAGCUCAUGCUGAGGAAAUCAUGUGCAGUGCAGUGUCAUCUGCCAAGGUUCCCAGGCUAUAGGUACGGUAUCUUAGGGGGAAGAAUGAUUCCUUUCUCUUCUAAGCCAGAGCUGGGGAAACCUUCAGACCUCUCAGUGUUCAUAAGCGCCAGUUCCCAUCAUUUUUCAUGAAUGGCAAGAUUGGCUAGUAGGGCAUGAGGGUGAACAUCUUAAGACCCACAAGUUUCACAGCCUCCUCUUAAGAGCAUGGUCAGAAUAAUUGGCCAUUGGCUGUAGCUGCGUUGUUGAGAAGUGUUUGCAUUUUCUGUGAAAGGCAGAAAGGGAGUAGACAAAUCUAUAGAACUUGGUCUAACUUUAAAAACAGCAGCAUUCUCUUUGGCGGCAGAUCCAACAGUGCUUUAACCCACUCCAGUCUGUUAGAUGAAUGCAUCACUUCAGUAGCCUUACUUUUGGUUCCUCCUUGCUUCUGCUUGCUAUCCUUUCCCACAGAGGACUUUCCAAACGUUCACAAAGCAGACUCCAUAGCCUUUUUUGCGUGUGGCGGGAGUGAAAGCAGUUCUUCCCCGUCCCCUCCAAGCCAACGUGUACGAGAAAAAGCAUUUGGCUGUAAAUAGUGUGCAUAAUUCUACUAUCUCCACCUUGUUUCUAAUCUUUGGGUCGCAAAGAAAUGGAUGUGAGCUCUGGGGAAGUGGGUUGGUCAUGCUCUUGCAGUGCUCCUCCUUUUCUGGCCCUUGGGAAGGAGAGCGAUGGUGGCAGCACCUCCAUGUGCCAAAGGGAGUUCGACCCGUCUCCGGAACGGAGGCGACUGCACUCAGCUUGUUUCCACAGAGGGGACUUGGCCAAAUCUGGUUUCCGUGUGAUCUGUGCACUUGGUUACUGUGAUCAUUUUUAGACCUUGAACAUAAUUCAUAAAGCACUGUUGAUUAUGAACCCAUCUGUAAAAUCCUGGAUUCCUUUUUCUACCAAAAAGAAAAAUAAAACAAGGAUGUAAAUAGUCUCUGUUGGAUAUAUCCACCUGAGCUUGCAAAACAAAGUAUCACCAUUGGGCAAUACUGUGCACUCCCCCUCCCUUGAAAACCAUUCCAAACAUAGCUACUGCUUGCCUGUGUGUAACUUGCCUUUCCAGUAACCAAAGGCCACUAUCUUGCAUGUACAUAGAAAGCUUCUUAAUUUUGGUUUUUAGCAACAGUCAUGCCAAUGCAGGGUAUGUAUUAGUCCUCAGUUUUUGUCAGUCUGCCUUCGAUCUAUUUUUCGUGAGGCUGGUGCAUGACAAAGAAAAAAGAUUUAUGAUCUCCUUUGUGGGGAUAGGUAAGCCUAGGGCAGCAAGGGGAAGCCUUUCUCUCGCCCUCCCUUUUGCGGUGCUUGUCUGAAUCUGAAUGGAAAGGUCUCAUGGUUGGAGGACAUUCCGCUCUGGAAAGGAAAGUAUUGUAAAGCUGUUGAAUGACCUCUAAAAGCACUGAUGCACAUACCCUUAAGAGAGUGUCUGUAUUGUUGGACUCCGUCCCAUCAGGUCCCAGCACGCUUGACCACUGUUGAGGGGUGAAGGGUAUUGCAGCUCAACAACUUCUGAAGGCCCAAAAGUUCCCUGGUCUUGAUAUAGUGGCUUCAAUAUACAGAGAGAAGGAAGAAGGUUAAAAAAAACCUUUCCUCCUUGAAUCUUGCAAUCUGAAUUUUGAAAUGGGGAAGAGAGCAGGAAGGUCUUAGCUUGAGCUGAGAUUGCAAGGAUGGGGCGCAGAAGUCCUCUUGGAGCUCCAAAAGCAACAGCGAAAUAUUCUAGCAACGCAGCAAAGCUUGCGGAGUAUCUCUUUUAAACAUUUAGCUGGUCUUGGGGGGG